CCUGUCUUGCGCAAUUUUAACCCGCAUGGUUUAAACCUCAAGAAAAACUAAUUAUCUAUCUAUGGGCAAAUUAUCCGUAAGCUGAAUAAUGAAGCCACCUAAUGGAAAAGUGGAUGGCCGGGUUAGGAUUUUCAAUAAUGCUCUGAAGUCUAUAAAAUCUCUUGAAGCACCAUCUAAAAAAACUUCUAUUACAAGUGAGAAUAAUAUUAUUCAGGCAAAGGUUAUGCCUGCCAAUCAUCUUCCUGUUACCCAAGAAAAUAUGCAUAAUAUAUGCUCAUCUGAAGAUUUUAAUGAAAUGGAAAUAAGUGAAAAUGAAUAUGGAUUUCUUCCCAAUGAAGUUGAUGAAUGUGCUGCAUCUUUGCCAGAUAAUCAGUUGAAUAUGUGUUCCUGGUUAAACAACAAUAAUUUAGACGCAGCAGCAACUGUGCAUUCAAAUGCUAAAAAUGUAUGGGAUUUAUGGAUGGAAGAAAGCCAAUUGUGCAUUUUGAAGGAAUUAGGGAAUGAUUCUUUUGAACAGGUUGUGGAUGAAUGCAGCCCACCUUUGCUAAAUGAUCAGUUAAAUGUUUUUCCUUGUGUAAGCAACAGUCCUUUGAAAUUGAAUCAACAAAACUUAUAUACAAAUGUGAAAAAUGUAUCAGAUUUAUGGAUAAAAGAAAAACGGUUCUCAUCAUUUCAACAACUAAGGAACGAUUCUUUUGACCAGGUGGUUGAGGAAAGUAGUCUAGUCUUUCAAAAUAAUCAGAUGGAUAUGGUUUAUUUUGUAGAGAAUAAUCAUUUGACUGCGAUUCAGGAAACCUUAUUUAUGGAUGUUAAUAAUAAACCAGAGUUACGGGGAAAGGAAAAUCAACUCGAAGCAUUGCAACAGCUAGGGAAUGGUUCUUCUUUCCAAGUUGUUGAUGAAUGCAGUCCAUCUUUUCAAAAUAAUUCAUCUGAUUUAUGUUCUUGGGUAGAGAACAGUCGUUUGGCUUCAAUUCAAGAAACAUUGCAUAUGGACAUUAAUAAUGAAACUGAUUUAUGGCUGAAGCAAAACAGACUCCGAGCUUUACAGCAACUAGAGAAUGUACCUUUAGAAGAAUACACUUCUGAUGCUACUCUUAUUUCACCUUAUUGUAUGAAUUCAGUUGGGGAAAUAUCUCCAGAUUUGACUCGUAAUCCAUCAGAUUAUCAAUCAGUUAAUGUUUUGCCACCUUCUGCCGAAAAUUCAAUUUCUUCAUCUGAAGAAAAUUCUUCCAACAUCCUAAAUGCUUCAUACAGAAAUGAUAAUUUUAUAAUGAAGGAAAAGCAUCUUAUGCAUGAGGAACUGAAAGUACAGUCAACUGAGAGAAAGAAUUUUUCAUAUGAUUGUAAAUUUUCUUCAAGGUAUUCACAAUUUCUUGACCAGGAGAAAGCCACAGCAUAUAAAGAUGUUGAAUCUGUUUGUGAAAAUAUAAUUGAAUUUGCAAAUCUCUCAGAACAUGAAAGUUGUCUUGUAAAAGAAGAAACCCAGUCAUCAGGUCAGCAUUUUGCAGUUUCAGAACCCGAAAACUGUGGUUGCAACAAGAUAGAGAACAUUAGUUGCAAUUUGUUACAAGAAAAAUGGAAAAAAAGAAUGGUUAGAAAUAAAAAUAAUGUAGCUAAAUUACCUAGCUAUGAUGCUGAUAUUUUAAUGACUCUGAAAUCUACAACAGGUUUCUUUGAUGCACAUUGUCAUCUCGAUUUUUUGCUUAAUCGACAAGGAUUUCAUGGUACAUAUGCUGAUUAUAUGGCUCAGCAUAAAAACAGUUAUCCUGAAAGUUACAAAGGAUGUAUUGCAGUUUUCUGCAAACCAUUUACAUUUUCUAAGAAAUAUAUAUGGCAGAAACAUCUUGAACAAGAUAAUGUUUGGGGAGCUUUUGGCUGUCAUCCUAAAGAGGCUCAGAAUUAUAAUGAACAAAUAGAAGAAGAUUUGAAAGCUGCUCUUGACCAUCAUAAGGUGAAAGCAUUAGGUGAAAUUGGUUUAGACUAUUCAGAGGGAAAUAGAUGUCCAAGAGAUGUGCAACAAAAUGUUUUUAAAAGGCAGUUAAAAAUUGCAAGUGAAAGAAAAUUGAGACUGGUUAUCCAUUGCCGUGAUGCUGAUGAUGACACUAUUAAAAUUAUGCUUGAAGUUUUUCCUAAAGAUACUAUUUUUCACCUGCAUUGUUUCACUGGCGACUGGGUUACCGCUCAGAAAUGGAUAAAUGAAUUUCCUAAUGUGUUUAUAGGAAUUACAAAUCUUGUCACUUUUCCUUCAGCUACUCCAACUCAUGAAGUAGUAAGAAAGCUGCCUUUAGAACAUCUAUUGCUUGAAACUGAUGCUCCUUAUUUUGUGCCUAGAAUGGCUCCAAAAGGUACUCGUUAUUCUCAUCCUGGUAUGGCCAUUCAUGUUGCAGCUCAAGUUGCUGCACUUCAAAAUAUUCCAAUAGAAAAAGUUCUUCAGUGGACCUCCAGUAACACAAAAGUUGUAUAUGAUAUACAAUAGAAAUUUAGCUUUGUUCAGUUAUCGGGAGAAUCCUUUAUGUAUUUAGAUCAGCAAUCCAGCAGUAAUACUAUUUUUUAGAAUUUCAUCAGAUGUACUAUUAAGAAAGAAUAUUUUAUUUGUGUAUGUGCUACACAUGAUUCUAUUUUAUUCUCAAAUCUGCCUACAAAAUAUUUAUUUGAGUGCCUACCUUAUAUAUUUAUUAAAUCCUCUAUAAUAAUCUACGAUUCUUCUAAUUUUAUAAAAUCAUGUAAUUGACUUCUGCAUUUCUGAAUCUUCUAUGAUAAACAUUUUUGAAGUGACAUAAAACAUUGCAAAAAUGACAAACUCUUACACAAUUGAUCAUCAUAUUAUUGCCUUCUACUUCAUUAAAAAAAAAAUUGUUAGAAUUCGGAUUUGUUUUCUAUUCUUCAAAAAUGAUGUAACACCUUUCAAAAUGCUGAAUUUGUGUACAUUUAAAAAUCUGUUUUGAUUUCAUUUCAAACAUUUCCUUAUUUUUAAGAUUUUAGUUCUGAGUAAUAAUUUGUCUGAGACCCUGUAAUUAGGACCUAUACAUUUGCUUACCACAUUUGCCAAUGAAUAAUUCAAAAUUGAUAAUUCUUUAAUCAAUGCAUUUGAAUAAA